AGAUACUACAGAGGAGCGGUGGGGGCGCUCUUAGUGUAUGACAUAGCCAAACACCUGACCUAUGAGAAUGUGGAGCGCUGGCUGAAGGAGCUGAGAGACCACGCCGACAACAACAUCGUCAUCAUGCUGGUUGGCAACAAGAGCGACCUGCGCCACCUCAGGGCCGUGCCCACAGAUGAGGCCCGGGCCUUCGCAGAGAAGAACAAUCUGUCAUUCAUAGAAACUUCAGCCUUGGACUCAACAAACGUUGAAGAAGCCUUCAAGAAUAUCCUUACAGGUACGCAUGUGAACAGAGGUGGGACGGCACAACUGCGCUGUUGA